AUGGCCACUAAUAGCAAAACUUGUAAAGUAGUAGCAGUAGGAGACGGAGCUGUGGGUAAAACUUGUUUGUUGAUGGUCUACGUGAACAAUGAAUUUCCCGAAGACUACAUUCCAACUGUGUUUGACAACUAUGACACCAAUGUAAAAUAUCAAGAUAGCGUUGUGCGUUUGAGUUUAUGGGACACAGCUGGUCAAGAAGAGUAA